AUGUUCCCCGCGGAACCAACGAAUCUGACUGACCGUUCAGACACCAAGGAAAAGCCCUACAUCUGUACACAAUGUCCCAAGUCAUUCACCCGGAAAGAUCUCCUGGCGCGUCAUGAACGUCUAACCCACGCUGCCACACCCGUCCAAGUCUCAUCAUCACCAUCCACAGCCUCUCCCCAAGUGUUUGACGGCCUCAAUGUAUUGGCAUCAGCAGUCACCGACCAUCCCACCACGCUGCCAACCACCCAGCCCUUACUCUCUGGUCCCCAUGCCUCAUUCACCCCUGAUCUGGCAUCCACCGUGCAGGGCUCCAUGACCCCCAAUCCCGCACCACCCCCCGGAUCAGCUGCCUUCAACGAACCCUUUGUCGGAUACGCACCACCCACUUCCUACGAUGGCGACGACUUUACCACCUUUCUCGACAGCAUCCCCCUCCCCAGCCAUCCCUACUCCCCAACCUACCAACCACUCCCCUUAUUCCCCCCAUUCCACUUCGACUCGACAUCAGAAUACAGCCACUCCGUCGAAAAAGCCAGCCACUCCGUCACCACCCCCUCCAGCUCCGUCCUCCCCCGACACGGCACCCAACUGCCCUCCUUCCAACCUGAUGGCACUCACACGCCCUACAAACCCCGCGAUCCCGGCGCCCCCAUCGUCGUCACAGCCCAAUACCGCGACCACAUCAUCGCCACCCUCUCCGACUACUCCAACGUCGUCUCCGACCCCUACACUCCCUCCCGCCACGCCCUCUCCCGAUUCAUCGGCGGCUACAUGACCAACUUCCACUGCCACUACCCCUUCAUGCACGUCCCCACCCUCAACAUCAACACCAUCCCCGUCCACCUCAUCCUCGCCAUGGCCUCCGUCGGCGCCCAAUACUGCCGCGAACCCGAAUCCAGCAUGAGCCUCUACAAAACCGCCAAAGCCGUCACCCUCGAACACAUCCGCCGCGAACUCCAAUGGGGCUGCACAACCCCCAAACCCGAAGAGCCCAUCGACCCCGUCUCCAAAAACAAAGACAUCAUCGAAACCGUCCAGGCCCUCCUCCUCCUCAUCUCCGUCUCCUGCUGGUUCGAACGCGAUCCCCCCCACCACGAAGCCCUCUACAUCCGCAGCUUCAUGGAAACCCUCCUCCGCCAAGGUGGUCUCAACGAUCUCCCCGCCCAGGACGGAUCCUGGGAAAGUUGGAUCCGCAGCGAAAUGGUGAAACGGACCAAACUCAUCGUCUUCUGCUUCUUCAGCGUCCACACCAUCGUCUUCGACAUCCCCCCUUUAAUCCUCACCGAAGAACUCACCCUGGACCUCCCCUGCACUGAGAAAGAAUGGACAGCCAAUACCGAAUCCCAAUGGCUCCAAGAACGCAGCACCAGUCGCACCGAACCCAAACUCCAAGACGCCCUCACCUCCCUCUUCACCCACCCUGCCCCCACAACCACAACCACUAAACCCACAAACCCCCACCUCGAAACCUUCUCCUCAAUGGGCGGCUACGUUCUCAUCCACGCCAUGAUCCAAAACAUCUGGCUGAUUCAAAAAGCCACCCGUCUCCCAAUCUCCAUCCCUACCUCCACCUCCACCUCCAACAGUACCUCCAACUUCCUCUCCCCCGCAAUAAUCACCUCCCUCGAACAAGCCCUCGAACAAUGGUGUCAAUGCUGGGAACACAACCAAGAAUCCUCCAUCGACCCAUUCAACCCCCACGGACCAUUAUCAUUCACCUCCACCGCUCUCCUCCGCCUCGCUUACAUCCGUCUCAACGUCGACUUCAGCUCCGCUCGCCGCCUCCACACCUGGAACCCAGAUGAAAUCGCCCACUCACUGAAAAACAACAUCUCCGUGCAUCGCAGCGACCGCCUAACCCGCGCGGCAUUACAUUGCGCACACGCACUCAGCACGCCUAUCAAACUAGGGAUUAAUUAUGUGGCGAGGACGUUGGUGGUUUCGUGGUCGAAUCAGUAUGCGUUAUGUUCGUUGGAAUGUGCGGUUUUGUUGGCGAAGUGGCUGGAGGUUGCGACGGUGGAGGAUCCGGUGCCCGGGUUGACGGAGCAGGAGUGUAAGUUGUUGGAGUUUGUGUUGGAGAUGGUGAUGGAGGCGAGACAUGGGGUUAGUAGGGAGUGGUUGUUGGGGAAUAAUACUAGACUUAGUGCCACCGUGACGAGGUUGUGGGCCGGGUUGUUUACGGCGGAUUAUAUUUGGGAGUUGGUGAAUUUGAUUGGGAGGUCGUUGAAUAGGUAUGCGGAUAUUUUGGAUGGGGAGGGGAGGGUGGGUAGGGGGUAUAUGUCUAUUUGGUUGGGCGGUUUUGGGAUUGAUGGUUGA